UGAUUCAUAUGUCUUCCGUCGCGCAUUAUGUUUACAUUAUUUGCAUGCAUAGACAUGAAAAAAGCUGCAAUCUAUUAUAUUCAAUGUACCAUAAAUUUUGUCGCGAGCCUUUUAAUGUAAGAUAAUUUAUCAUUGUUUUUAAUUAUUCGACUGUCGAUGUAGCAGUAGCACAAUAAAUACGGUAAGAUAGACCUGUAAUUUCGAUCAAAAUGGAGAGAUCUAAUACGAAAUUUUUAACUAUCUUAAUUAUCGGUACAAUAAUUACGCUUCUUGGUAUAAUCACAGGAUCACUUUGGAUUACUCACAUAUAUAAUUGGGCUAUCACAAAAAUAUUAACAUUAACAUCAACAUCUGUGAGUUACGAUAUGUGGAAGGAAACACCUAUACCAAUGUAUUUUAAAUUUUAUAUGUUUAACUGGACGAAUCCACAUGAAUUUCAUGCAUCAUCAACUGUAAAACCACAUUUUGAACAAAUGGGACCUUAUGUUUUCCGAGAAAUUGAUUAUAAAGUAAAUAAAGUAUGGAAUGACAAUGGAACUGUCACAUUUCAAAGGAAGAAAGUAUGGUUUUUUGAAAAAUCAUUGUCCAAUGGGAGUCUGACUGAUAAAAUAACCAACUUAAAUCCAAUAGUUGCAACAGUCGCAAAUUCCGUAAAACAUAAAUCUCCAUUCAUACGUAAGUUGACCAACGGAUUUAUGGUGCGUCUAGGAGAAAAACUAGUAUUAACUAAAAGUGUAAAUGCCCUAUUAUUCGAAGGAUAUAAUGAUACAUUAUUGGAAAUUGCAAAAAAGAUGAAAGCUACUGGAUUACCUUAUGAUAAAUUUGGAUGGUUCUAUGCGAGAAAUGGCUCGGAGAGUUAUGAUGGCACAUUCAAUAUGCUCACUGGAUCAACAAAUUUAUAUGAUAUGGGAUUGCUCAAAGAAUGGAAUUUCAAGAACAGAACAGAUUAUUACGAGGGUUCAUGUGGUAUAAUAAAUGGAACAAAUGGCGAUUUUUGGCCACCGUUAUCAAAUAAUAAUACUGUAUCUCUCUUUGCUCCUGAUAUUUGCACAUCUUUAAAGUUAUCAUAUGCAAAUACAAUGACAUUUCAAAGUCUAAGCGGAAACAAAUAUAUCGGAGAUGAUAAAAUGUUUGAUAAUGGCCAAAAUGUAUCAGCAAGGCAGUGUUAUUGUCCUAAUGGAGAUUGUGGACCUAGCGGAACCUUAAAUAUUUCAUCCUGUAGAUAUGGAGCACCAGCAUUCGUUAGUAUGCCACAUUUUUAUCUAGCAGAUUCAAGUUACAGAGAUGCUAUAACAGGAAUGUCGCCUGACAAGGAAAAACACGAAAUAUCAAUGGUGAUAGAACCGACUACAGGUAUCCCAUUACAAGUUAAGGCGCAACUGCAAUUAAAUUUAUUAGUAGAACCAGUGGAAUACAUGAGUAUGUUUGAAAAUAUAAAUAAGACAUACAUUCCGAUGCUGUGGUUUACUCAAGAGGCUAAUCUAACUGCCAGUUAUGCAAGUCAAGUUAAGUUACUUUUGAUUUUACCAACAUUGGGUACUGUAACAUGCUUUGGAAUAGCAGGCAUUGGAGUUUUAAUAUUCUUCAUUGGACUUUUUGUUUACAUCCGACAAAAGUGGUUGGGCGAAGAUAAUCAGGUGUUAUUAGCAAAAUACGAUGGCGAUAUUAGGAAUAGAAACGAUAUGUAGAAAUUGCUUUCUUUUUCGUGCCAUUGAUAUAAUGAUAGAAAGUUUUUACUUCUUUUUUUAUAAAAUUCUUUACUUCCUUUGCAAUUACAUUCAGGCUUCCUUUCUUAAUUUUGAAAAUUAUUAUAGAGCAGAGAUAAGAUUGUAUCAAUGUCUUAUAAAAAUAUUUGAUGAAAGAAAUAAUUAAUGUACUGUAAGAGUACAAAAGUGCCUAUUUUAACUAUUAGUAUAGUAAUGGAUUCAAUAAGUAAUCAAUAAUAGGUGUAGUUCAAGAAGUCAAUAUAAGAUGUAAAUACUGAACUAAAAAAUGAUUUAUUUCUACAGCUGUCAAAAUAUAAAACAAAUAUAAUUUUUAUUCAAAUGUUAAAAACCGUGAUAUAAUAUAUUUGUGUAGCAAAACAAUCUUCAUACACAUUAAAGUAUCAUCUUUUUGAUGCAACGUAUGUAAGUAAUAUUUAAAAUUAAAAUGCAAUAAAAGAAAAUCAUUAUCACUUUAUCAAAUAUAUAUAGUUUAUAUUACAUAAAAAAUAGAUGAGAACUAUAUAUAUAUAUAUAUAUAUAUAUAUAUAUAUAUAUAUAUAUAUAUAUAUAAGUAGGAACAAUAUAUUUCCAGAUAAAAAAAUUGUUAGUUUGUUUUAUGCAAGGUUAUCCUCUCUUUAAAGUUUAUUAAAUUGCAAUAAGAAUAUAUAUCUUUUAUGAAUUAUAUAUAAUAAAUACAUUUUAAAAUGACUGCAUUAAAAUGAUGGAUUUCUAACUAUAUUAGUGAAAAGUAGAAUAAGAGAAUUAUUCUUGCAAUUAUAUAUUGUUAUUAUAUCAAAUCUUAAGGAAUGAUUUUUGAAUUUCGAAAUUAAUUCUAAAAUUUGAAUUUCAAAUUAACAAUAGUUUUCUGUUCGAUUAUGUACAUAAGAUACUAAAAAGGAGAUAUUACAAUCAUGUUUUUAAAGAUCCUUAGAGACCGAAAUUGAGCACUAUGUGAUAUUGGGUCAAGUCUUCUUAUCAUUUAUAAUUGUAUAAUAAAAUGAAUGAAUUAUAUAUAUUAUUAUUUCUCA